UUCUCCGCUCCGUGCAUCGUAAUCUACCCCCCCAACGCUCCGGGAUUCCUAUUUCCUAUUUCCCCAUAACUUGGUCGGCACCAGAAUACCAAAUUGGAAUUUCGGCGUUGGAAUUUGUUUUCCCAGGGCGGAGGAUUCCAAAUUUGGAAUUCUUCCAUAACAAUUGGCCUAAAUCGGCGCUUCUACGGCCGCCCAAAGUACCCUCUGCUCAGACGUCCUGAUUUUGUCAUGGAAUCCACCGGGACGUCCCGGUUGUCAGGAGUUGAAACCCGGGAGAUGCAAGGUGCAGGGGAGAUGCCGGGGCCCGGAGAAACACCGGACCCGGAAGGGGCACUGCUGGCGACCAUCCUGGAAACUGGCGGGACGGGGAUUGUUGAGGNUGUGGAAGCAGUACCGAUGACGUACAAGGAUGUGAUGUGUUCCAAGUACAAGGUUUUCUGGGAAGCGGCCAUGAAGAAAGAGGUAGAUGGCCACGGCAAGACUGGAACCUUUACCAAGGUCAACGAGUUGCCCGAGCAGCGGAAGGCCAUAGGUCUCAUCGUGAUCCACAUUGAUGAUAUCUUAGUGGCGGCAGACGAGGGAGAGCGAGACGAGUUGUUCGCUUCCCUCAACAAGAAGUUUCCGGUGAAAGAUCUGGGAGAGCGUACCUGGUACGAAGGGUGUGCUAUCGCCAUGGAUGUAGAAAAUGGCAUCACCAAGCUGUCCCAGACAGCUUACAUUGAGAGUAUGCUGAAGCGGUUUGAUGUGACCACGACCGCUUUCACCCCUGCUGCCACCGAUGCCGACCUAGGGCCGAAGAGAGAUGACGAGCCCGCGGUGGAUAAGCCUGUGAGGGAGGCGAUCGGAUGCCUGAUGUGGACGAAGCUGACGAGGCCAGACAUCGCCCUGCCUCUGAACAAGCUCCAGAAGAUCGCCCACUCACCCACCGGGAGGAUAUGGAGCGCGCGUGUGCGGAUCAUGUCCUACCUGAACUUCACGAAGGACUUCGGUAUCACCUACGUACGGGGGUCAGGACUAGACCUAAGCGUGUUUGUCGAUUCCUGCAACGCUGACAACGAAGUAGACAGGCGUUCUACGACCGGGCUAGCUGGCGUGAAGGAGGCGUUGUUUGUGCGUGGCGUUCUGUCGUUCAUAGCGCCCGAGACGAGUGGGGCGAAGAUCAAGGUCCUUGAGGACAACAAGGGGGCUCUCGCCUUAAUCGAGAACCCGUUCAGCUCAGCGAGAGGCAAGCACAUCGACGUGCGGUUCCAUUUCAUUCGCGAGCUAUUCAAGU